CAGAAACAUAUGACGUUAAAACGCUAACUCUAUAGAGACCAAACGUUACUGAAGACAGAAAUUCCUGCCUCAUUCAUAAUGACACAAGAUUAAACAGGUUAUAUCAUACAUAUGAAUGCAGGCAUGACUUGUACUAUAGCAGCCCUAUCAGAAGGAGAAGUGGACGAUUCUUCAUUUGAAGUUCCAAAUUCAACCGAACGAUUUCUUAGCAUACUUGACAAGAGGAGACUAAAGAGGAAUGUUGAAGAAGAAGCUGAAGUUGAAUGGAGACCGUUUGUUAAGUCCGAUGCUGAAACCGUUGCCGUUCGUGUAGAUAGUUUAAUUAGCAAACUCAAACGACAGUUUAGCGAAGAGAAGCAGGUCAGAAUGCUGACAUUAAACUCCAGCCAUUAUCAGUACAUUUUUUCCAAUAGCGUGGACUCGUUUCUAAGAUAUCAUGAAAAACCAAAGGUUGAGAUUCAGUAUUCAGAAGCCGGAGACACUUUACCAGGAGAGGGUUUGUACAGUUUUGCUGUAAGACCAUCAAAGAUACAGAAACGAAGAAAAGAUACAGUUGACGCUCUAGAAAAUGUGCACGUCACUACACUCUCACCAAAUAAACUUCUCGGAUCAGGAACUGAGAACGGUCACGGUCGUUUUGAGAUUAAAGUGAAAUGCAGCAGUACACUUCCUUCUAAGCCUGACGAUGGAACAUUUAGCGGUACCUGCAGAAAUAAGGUUUAUCCUGUGAUAAAAACCCCUGAAUUUAAUGCCUUUUUGUCCAAACAUACAGCAGCUAAAGACUUGAACAGUCAUCUAUUAUCUCCAGACAACAACACUAUUUCAGCAUUUGAAACAAGUACAGUCAGUGGCGUCGUUGUACUACGGACUAACACGAUGUUGACCUUUUGGGAUGUGUUAUCUACCACCUGUUCGAUAGCCAGAGCGUCACUGCAGUAUUUCUGUUUGUACAAAAGGGUUGGCACUCCUGUUAUUCUUUUGAUACACGAAUACGACAGAUUUGAAAAAAUCUACAGCCUCUUUGUAUUACAGUGUCAGAGACAAAAGACACUUGCAGACAUCUCUAUUCAAGCAGAAAAAUACAGUCACACAGUACAGUCGGUAUCCAAAACGACACCAUCAAAAGAAAUCUAUGGUCACACAGUGCCUCCGGCCUGCCAUGCAUUUACAACAACAGGUAUGGCAGUUCAAACUGGAGAAAUGAACAAAAAUGCUGUUUAUCAUGUGAACAAAGUCAAAACAUUUACAGAAGAAAUCUGCAUUAACUUAGUGUUUUAUCUGAUCACACCACCUGGCACUGCGAUACAAAUGACUAGUACUCCAUUCACAUUAUCGGAAAUGCCGAGUUUGCCUAUACUUAAAGGAAUAUUUGGUCACUCUCUAGCUCCAAAUCCUUACAUAUAUGUAUCAUCAAUUGAAGAACGCUGCAGGUGCGUUACAACUUCAAAACAUAAUAGAAACAUAGCUGGAUACAUAUGCGACCAUACGGUGCUACCACCACACAACAGUGAGGUACGUGCGACUACUGAAUUUCAAAAUAAAGCAACAUCUUCAUUUUUCAUGACGGCAACCCUUGAAAAAAUAUACCGCAACGCAGUCGUCUCUAGCUUCAGCUUGCAUGUGUCUAAAGAAAUAUAUGACCCCACUGCGAUCUGCAAGUUAGCGUCGCCAGAACAAGUACAUUUAGACAACUUUAUACCUUCAGUCAAAGACAUCCCUGUAUUAGAAUACAUAUGCGACAGUGCUCUAAAGAUCAACUACGAUAACCCCAAAACAAACGAAGUUCAAAAGACGUCCCACGAUACCAUCAGCGACGCCAGUGAGGACGAUUCAGCUUUUGGAAUACUGUCUGUCUAUUGCAACAGUGAAAUUCAUUCUAGGUAUGGAAACAUUUCCAAAGCUGAAGUACAAGUGUAGGUUUCUUAGACAGACAGAAGAAAAGAAUCUUAAAUUUAAUUUAAUUUGUUAAACUAAAUAGAUUUUGUUUGAAGUCGAA